CCCCCCCCUUCCGAAGUCGUUCGCCGUUUAGGAGCGACCCUCUCUGGGGCUGUUGCGGAUGCGGCGUGUGAUGGAAAAGCCGUAGCUCGAAUUUGCAAAACCAGUUCGGCCUCUUCUCCUACCGACUACCGAAGAAACCUCGUUGGGAUUUGCUCUUGGGAGAGAAUUUCCCGAGUAACGAGUUGCAGGGCAGGGGCGCGCAGUGUAAGCAGACACCCCUUUGGAUGUUGGUGUUCGGAAGGCGAGCUGUUUGGGGGGGCCAACGAGUCGGGGUGCCUUUCGUUCGAGGACCAGGAUUUUGCGAGCGCUCGGCGCGAGUCGACAGAAGGCGAAGAGAAACAAACUUGGCCUCUCGGAUCCGACGACAGCUGGAGAGCAAAGGUUGGGGACGGGGGGAGCCGAGAAGGUUUUCGCCCUCUGGAAUGAGUUUUCCUGCGCUUUAAGACUUCUCGGAUCCUCGCACGCUACCUUAUGGAUCUAACUUAGCAGGGAGGUGCCUUCACGCGGAUUUGCCAUUCAAAAACGAUUUCAGAUGCAUGCCCAGUUCCUGGUGAAUGCCAGAAUUAGAGACCACUACCGAUGGAGUCCACAGGUCAGCAUGGAAACAGCAGUUCGUUAGUUGUCCAUCAGCAGCUUUUUCUGGACAAUCGGCAAAGGUUGGACUAUGAAAGAGAUAUUCAGCCAACUGCCAUUUUGUCACUGGACCAGAUCAAGACUCUCAGGGGCAGCAAUGAAUACACUGAAGGUCCAUCUGUGGUGAAAAAGUCUGCUCCCCGGACAGCUCCAAGACAAGAAAAACAUGAAAGGACUCAUGAAAUCUUACCAAUAAAUGUGAAUAAUAAUUAUGAGCCCAGACCCAACCAUCCUGGACAUGUGCUUCAUCAACAUAACUCAAGGGUUCCUGUUUUGAGCAGAUCUACAAGCACUGGAAGUGCAGCUAGUUCUGGAAGCAACAGCAGUGCUUCUUCAGAGCAGGGCCUUCUAUUAAGAUCACCACCAUCAAGGCUGGGCCCGGGUCAGAGAUUUGAAAGGCCAAUCAGGACGCAACCCAAACCAUCAUCUUUGAUUGUAGAUGACCUGAAGAGUCCUUUGAAAGAGGAUUCUACUCAACAUAAGUUCAUAUGUGAACAGUGUGGGAAGUGCAAAUGUGGAGAAUGCACAGCACCCAGGGCCUUGCCUUCUUGCUUGGCCUGCAACAGACAGUGCUUGUGCUCAGCAGAAAGCAUGGUGGAAUAUAGCACCUGUAUGUGUCUGGUCAAAGGAACCUUCUAUCACUGUUCCAAUGAUGAUGAAGGGGAUUCAUAUGCGGAUAAUCCAUGUUCAUGCUCCCAGUCACAUUGCUUGUCACGGUACCUGUGUAUGGGGGCCAUGGCUUUGUUUCUGCCUUGCCUGCUCUGUUACCCUCCUGCAAAAGGAUGCCUAAAACUGUGCCGUGGGUGUUAUGAUUGGAUGAAUCGUCCAGGAUGCCGAUGCAAAAACUCCAAUACAGUUUAUUGUAAGCUGGAAAGUUGUCCAUCAAGGGGUCAAGGCAAGCCUUCCUGAUUUCUGGAGGGAAAGAUUCAGUUCCUCAGACACCAUCUUUCAGAUAGUGGCUGACUUUUCUGUCUUCAUACCCCUUUUUUCUUUCAUGCCCAAGAUCUUCUCUCACUUCUAUUGCUUAUCUCAAUGAAGGGCAAAUCUGAAUGCAUUGGUCUUUGGUAAGUGUGGCUCAUGUGCUGGUGUCUUUUUUCAUCUUGGCAAGUCAUCUCAGGACUCUGAGUAAUAGACUCCUGAAAGAAGUAAUGAGGGUACUGGGUUUUUUCUGAAGUCCUUUAUUCUGCAAACAACUUUCCAAAGAUGCUCUUUUGUUUUGUUCUAUUUUUAACUACCUUUAAUGACAUUCAAGUGUUUUUUUUUUCAACUCUUCCCAUUCCUCCUUUUUAAAAAAGGCUGCACAAUCCAGUUAUUUCCCUUAAACAAAGUGGAAAGGAAAGAAAAGAAAUAUGGGUUGAAAUUUAGCAAACCUAAGUCUUCUCCCUCCACUUUUUUUUUAAAUUAACCACUUGCAUUUUGCUUGUUCCUUGGCCACUAUUUUUGUCAGUCCAGAUUUUAAACAUUUACCCUCAUUGCCCCUAUUACUGGUUUCUUCAUAAGCUUCUAUUGUUUUCAGAUAUAGAUAUAGCUUGCUCUUUAUAUAUAUAUAUAUAUAUAUAUAUUUACAUACAUAUAUAUACAAGCCCUAUCUGUCACUUUUAUUUUGAUACUAAAGUUGGUUUCUCCAGCUCUGAAUAAUACAGGUAGUAAUACAAUUUAAAUUGUAUAAGCUGCCUUUGAUUUCUUAACACUUCUAUUUCUGUGGUUUAAAAAGUUUAACUCGUCCUCAGCUCAGUAACUCUCCUCUCUAUUGCCUUAGCCACAUAUUGUGGUGCUUUUUGUAUAUUUUAUGUAAAAUCACAAAGUUGAAUUCUGACUAUUUUUAAGACAAAGGUCUGUUAAAACUUUUUUAUUGUAAAGAAUAUUUAUUAUGUAAAUCUCUAUUAUUUUAUGAUAUUUAUUAUAAAAAACUGUUCCAAAAAUGUAUUCCUGUCUGAAUAUUACAAAAUAUCAACAUUUAAUGAAAAUAAGAGUGACACAAGGAUGUAUGUUAAACUAUAAUGCAGAAAAUAUAAUAAUUAAAAUGUCUUGGGUUCUUUAUUUGUUAAUAAAACUGUUUGUUCUUAGCAGUAUUAGAAGAAAGACUGUAUAGUCCUUUACCACUUUUCUUGGAGAUAGGCCCACUGUACUCAGUGGGACUUCACUUCUGAAUAGGCUUGUAUAGGAUUUCAUUGUAAGACCACUGCCACUUAUUUCUUUUCUGAAGUUUUCAUGACUGUGAAAUCAUUUUUAAAAAAAUAAUAAUCAGAUUUUUUCUCUGAAGUGUUUUUCAGCAUUGAUGUAUCUUGCUCAUUUGAAAACAUACACACCUCAAGCUAUAUUUGUGCAACUAUAGAGUUUUUCAUAGACUAUACAUUGAUUUUCAUUCUUUUUUGUUUUUGAGAAGAUAAUUUUUCUAAGGUGUGAAAAUGAGAUACCAAACAUUAAUAAAAGUUUGGGAAAGAAAAAUGAGAAUUCCUAAGUACCUCAUUUUUCAAAUUAUGUUCAUGGUUUUUCCUCAAAAGAUUAAAUCUGUUUCCAGAAUUAAGAAUAAAUGAUUAUUGUGGACCUAUUUGGUGCAUACUAUAUUAAUAAAAUAUAUUUAAUUGAAUUGAUACCACUGAACCUGUUAGCUGAUGUUCUUCACACUGGUUGUCUUGCAUCUAAGCUGCUUACAAGGCAUUUUAAAAAUAACAUUACCAUAAUGAAAGUGCUUGCUUUCUCUAAAAUAACCAAGCAUGCCUGUCCAUAUUUAGAAAUCCUGUGUGUUAUUUAACUACACUAUGCGUGGUAUAAUUCAACCAGCUUAAUAAAACACAUUUAUUUUAAAACUUCUAAAUAAAAAACAAAGGCAAUAAUAUAGUGAGCUUUGAAGCUUUCAGGUGAAUCUAGUUUUUAAACUGGCUCAUUAUGGUUCUCUUCUAGCUUCCUAAUGAUUACACAGAGAUUUAAUAAGAAUUAGCGUAACCAUUUCUCUCUUAGUGGUGUUCUGAGCCCUUUGCCACAAUUAUGCAUAAGGACAUAGCAUUCACUUGUAUCAUCUGGGACUAGUGAUACCUGACAUGUUUAUAUAAACUGCCUUCAUUACUGUGCAUUUUUCAUGAAAAUAUGUUUCUGCACAAUAGUUCUUUUUGGUUUGUGUCAAUAAGUACACUGUUGAUCAUGCUCUCUUCAUUCAUGUGGAGGAUCUGAGUAAGUUCAGCUCUUGUGAUAGAAGCAAAAUAGGCUCAUGCAGUGUUUUUCUUUUCACUGAAUUAUUAAAAACAUUUAUGUAAAAACACUCACUGUAUGUUAAUCACUCAACAUCAAAGCCUUCCCUUUUGUGCAAGGAAAAGUCAAUUUAUUGAGUACUGAUAUUUUAUCAUUUGAUUUCCCUCUGUCUUGAUAUCUCACACCAGCACUUUAAUUUAACAAAGGCAAACUCAAAGUCAAGAUCAAUCCAUGAUGAAUUCCUCUGGAUGUGUUUCUGUUUGCGGAAGAAGGGGUGAAGAAAAAAUUACCCCACUUCAAAAUCUUUGGUUUAUCUAGUCUUUGCACUUUCUUUGAAUAUAGUAGAAUAUUCCAAUCUUUGCAUACAAACUUUUGUGCCCUGGUUUUAUCAAAAUAUUUAAUAAACAUAGACUUAUUUCCA